GUUGUUGUGUUAUUUCUCUUCCUGUCAGGAGCCAGAGCUCAGUGAGGCAGGCUGUGCCCAUGCCGUUAGGACCCUGAACAAACAGCUGGUUCACCCCAGACCACCGCUUUAAAGGGAAAGAGAGAGGGAGGGAGGGAGAGGGAGAGAGGGGGAGAGAGAGAGAGAGAACAGGGAUAGAGCAAGAGAUAGAAAAUGGAGAUAGAGAGACAGUGUGACAGAGAGAGAGAGCGAGAGACAGAGAGAAACACCCACUUUCCAGCAGGCAGUAACGCUCUGGGGGCACUCUGGCACGCCCUGUAAAAAUAAGAGGAGUGACUGACAGACUGGGCGUCCCAAAGCUUCCUCAGAGAGAAAUGAAGGGAUGAAAAACGGAGGAGUAAUAGACGACAGAGGAGGAGGAGGAGAGCUGGCGUGCGCGUGUGAACGCAGAGCGGGAUAAGCCGUGGUGUGGACUGUAAUGGGUUAGCUGGUGCCUGUGCCCCAGGCGCCCUCUGUGAAUGUCUCUCACCAUGGCCAAGCACGAGUCCAGCAACAGCAGCCCCGUGGUGCGGCAGAUCGACAAGCAGUUCCUGGUCUGCAGCAUCUGCCUGGACCACUACCACAACCCCAAAGUCCUGCCCUGCCUGCACACCUUCUGCGAGAGGUGCCUACAGAACUACAUUCCCCCGCAGUCCCUGACGCUGUCGUGCCCCGUGUGCCGACAGACCUCCAUUCUGCCGGAGAAGGGCGUGGCCGCACUCCAGAACAACUUCUUCAUCACCAACCUGAUGGAGGUGCUCCAGCGGGGUCCAGAGUGCGCCCGUCCCGAGGCCUGCAGUGUCCUGGAGUCCGUCAGCGCUGCUGUGGCCGGGACACCGCUCUGCUGUCCCAACCACGAGGGCAAGGUGAUGGAGUUCUACUGCGAGUCAUGCGAGACGGCCAUGUGUCUGGAGUGCACAGAGGGAGAGCACAGGGAGCACGUGACCGUCCCUCUACGGGACGUCCUGGAGCAGCACAAAGCCGCGCUGAAGAACCAGCUUGAUGCCAUCCGUGGCAGACUCCCCCAGCUGACGGCGGCCAUCGAGCUGGUGAGCGAGAUCUCCAAGCAGCUGACGGAGCGCAAGAACGAGGCGGUGAGCGAGAUCAACUGCACCUUCGAGGAGCUGGAGCGGGCGCUGAACCUGCGCAAGAGCGCCCUCAUCACCGACCUGGAGAGCAUCUGCAACGCCAAGCAGAAGGUGCUGCAGGCCCAGCUGGCCUCCCUGCUCCAGGGGAAGGAGCACAUCCAGAGCAGCUGCAGCUUCACGGAGCAGGCCCUGGACCACGGCAGCGCCACCGAGGUGCUGCUGGUGCAGAAGCAGAUGAGCGAGCGGGUCAGCGCCCUGGCCCGCCACGACUUCCCCGAGCAGCCGCACGAGAACGGCCACCUGGACUGCCUGGUGGAGACGGAGGGCCUGCGCCGCUCCAUCCAGAACCUGGGCGUCCUGCUGACCACGGGCGCCGUGGGCCACACCAGCGUGGCCACGGGCGAGGGGCUCCGGCACGCCCUGGUGGGCCAGCACACGUCCGUCACCGUCACCACCAAGGACAAGGGCGGCGAGCUGGUGCGGACGGGCAACGCCGCGCUCCGCGCCGAGAUCUCGGGCCCCGACGGGGCGCGGGCCGACGCCGAGGUGACGGACAACAAGAACGGGACGUACGAGGUGGGGUACACGCUGCGCUCCGAGGGCGAGUUCUCCUUCGCCCUGCUGCUCUACGGGCAGCCCGUGCGGGGCAGCCCCUUCCGCCUGCGGGCCGUCAAGCCCUCCGACGUGCCCCAGUCCCCCGACGACGUCAAGCGCAGGGUGAAGUCGCCCAGCGGGGGCGGGGGCCACGUCCGGCAGAAGGCCGUCAGGCGCCCCUCCAGCAUGUACAGCACCAGCAAGAAGAAGGAGAACCCCAUCGAGGACGAGCUCAUCUACAGAGUCGGCUCACGUGGGCGGGAGAGGGGGGAGUUCACCAAUCUGCAGGGUAUUUCUGCCUCCAGCAAUGGCAGGAUCGUGGUGGCAGACAGUAACAAUCAAUGUAUCCAGGUCUUCUCCAAUGAUGGACUAUUCAAACUUAGGUUUGGGGUCAGAGGUCGUUCGCCUGGCCAGCUCCAGCGCCCCACAGGCGUCACCGUGGAUAUGAACGGUGACAUCAUCGUGGCCGACUACGACAACAGAUGGGUCAGCAUCUUCACUUCAGACGGCAAGUUCAAGGUGAGCUUGCUCAUAACUGUCAGUCAUUCAAAUAAUCGGAGCUGGUUUCGCCCACCUCUGCAAAGGCUGCAUUUUCAACAAAAUGGACAUAGGAAGUGGGGUUCCUAUGAAAAAGAGCUUGGGGCUUUUUUUGGUCCUUUGUCUUUCAUUUCUGACUUUUCCUUUUCAUUUCUUUUAGAAAAAAGUGGUGCAAACAUUGCACUGGAGCAAAAGCUUAGUAAAUCUGGCCCAGCGUUCAGUCCACACUUUGUAGCUGUAAAUAACAAGAAUGAAAUAGUGGUGACAGACUUCCACAACCACUCCGUUAAGGUGUACAGCGCUGACGGAGAGUUCCUGUUCAAAUUCGGCUCUCACGGAGAGGGCAACGGUCAGUUCAACGCCCCCACGGGCGUGGCCGUGGACGCCAACGGCAACAUCAUCGUCGCCGACUGGGGCAACAGCCGAAUACAGGUGUUCGACAGCUCCGGGUCCUUCCUGUCCUACAUAAACACGACGGCGGACCCCCUGUACGGGCCCCAGGGCCUGGCCCUGACGUCGGACGGACACGUGGCCGUGGCCGACUCUGGGAACCACUGCUUUAAGGUGUACCGCUACCUGCAGUAAGACCUCGGAGGAUGAGGAGGAGGAGAGGAAACGGGAAGUAAAAACACACAGGGUUCAAAACAUUCUCAAUGUUUUCCGCUUUAACCAUUUCGACUCGACUCAUCAGACGGACUGUAAGAUACUUGUACCUUUCACCCUUUCCAAGCUCUCCUGGAAAACAAGAAACAAACAAACAAACAAACGAAAAAAAAAACGUUCUGUGAUGUUUUUCUACUGUAUCGUUUGGAAGCAAACCCACUUUGAGCCGAAGGACUUUCCAUUAAAUAAAAAUGAGAAAAUAAUGAAAGUAUAUCAGGAACUCGACUAGAGGGAUAAAACAGUAAGCGUGUGUAUAUAUAUAUAUAUAUAUAUUUUAUAUAAAACAUACAUAUAUAUAUAUAUAUUCAAAGUGAUUAACCGCACCUAGUGUGGACAAAGAAGAACAUCGAAAGGCAUAAGACGGAACGUCGUGGAGCAAAAACAGUUUUCCAAAUGCAUGAAGUUGUAGCUUAUCGGAACCACAGCUGAGACAAAGUAUGUUUGUAAACUGGUCGCUUUUCCUGGCAGUAAAUGCCUGAAGAAAAGUGGAUGACUCAUACCUCUCUUUUAACUCUGAGUGCAGUAUUGAGACUGAAUCUUUCUUUAUUUGGUCAUUCGUUGUAACAGCAGAUUUUAUCCAUGACGAAGUAAGCCAUCUUGAACAUGACUUCAAACACACCAUCUUGUGCAUUUAAUUUUGUUGUAUAUUUAUUCUUGUAAACACAUAUCUGUAUAUCCUGUAAAUGGACAUGUUCUUUGAAGCUGCAUUUAUGUUAUAAAACUUAUGGGCCUAAUUGAGUAACUCACAGUUCAGAUAACUAGCAUUUCAGCAUUUGUAACAAGUGUGUAGGUCAAGAUUGAAAUCGUGUGGGUUUGAACCUGGACAUAUAAGCCCAAGCUUAUGAAAUGAAGUGUGCAGUAUUUAAUGCAAAUAGCUAUAGCACAAUGACUCACUUUUUAUGUGCUCUUUUUAAGACAAAAAGGAAAAAGUACAAAAAACAAGAAGUUACUUCUUAAUUUAUUUUAUUUUUUACGUGAUUUUAUCUUUUACAGAUUAUUUUUUUAAUUUUAUGCAUUUGUUUUCGUUUCCGCCAAAAUUCGGGUGCAGGCCUUGACGUUAUAUUGUAUCUACUCUGUCUGUGGAACACCCUGAUAUAGUCAGCAACUAAUGACAAAAACGAAAAAUUUCUUUGUAUCUUUUUUUUUUUGCCAAAAAGCAUAAAUUGGUUACUGUUGCCAUUUACUGAGAAGGUGUAGCUCAUAAACUUAUGUAUAUUGAUCUUAUAUAUGCUAUAUCUAUAUAGCAUCAUUGCUAUUAUUAUGGCAGAUAAUUAAAAUUUCUCACUUGCGUUACUUUAAGGAAUUUAGAAUGAAUGCAGCACAAUGCUAAGUUGUUCUUAUAACCAACCCACGGGCUCAAAUGUGGAAUGUGUUAUGUUUCACCAACCUCUCCUCUGACGGACUCUCUCCUGAUAAUAUCACAGGUUCAGAAAACAGUAUUUGCAGUUACAUCAUCACAGUCAGUCCUGCUGUGCCUUGUUUAAAAGUUGUGAACGAUGGGGGGG